ACUUCCGGGAAACGGCCCUGGUGGGCGGGGCAAAGCUGGACAGGCUGCAGUGCAUUCUGGGAACUGGAGUCCCGGAAGGUGGGCGCUAAAUACGACCUCCUGACCCGGACAGCGUGGCUGCCGGGCUGUGAACGAGAGGAGUCAGGGACGCCUGCACCUACCCUAGUGAAAAAUGUACUUGUGAGCGCACGGAUGAGCCCGAAGACCUUGUCGCAGCCGCCCGACUUUCUGGGAAAUGUAGUUUCGUGAUCGGAGCGCCACUGUCCUCACAGCAAGCCAACUGCGUGCUAUGAUACCCGGCUGAGCCGCUGGGCGCGUCGCCCCCGCAGAGGCUCCUGGGAGGUGUGGUUUUCCGGUGCGCGAAUGGCCGCCGUGCCGGACGCGGAGGACUCUGGGAAACUCGCGCGGCCGUGGGCGCCGCUCCUGGCUAGCCCCGCGGUCGUCGGCUGCUCGGCGCCGGCUCCUGGGACCCGAACACUGCCCAUUGGUAAGAUAAGAGCUUGGAUUGCUUGCAUUUUUGGAAAUUGCAAAGUGAUGUUUCAGGUGACAUUCAGUGAUGUGGCUGUAGACUUCUCUCCUGAAGAGUGGGGAUGGCUCAGUUCUGCACAGAGAGACUUAUACAGGGAGGUGACGGUCCAGAAUUACGAGAACCUCGUCUCUCUAGGCCUCUCCGUGGCUAAGCCAUGUGUGGUCACUUUACUGGAGAAUGGAAAAGAGCCCUGGAUGGUGGAGAAAAACCUACCGAAAGAUUGGGAACCAAGAUGGGAAAGCAAGGAAUUAUCAACAAAAGGGGAUUUUUAUAAUGAGGAGUCACCCCAAACAGAAAUAGAAAGAACAGAAAAAACUGUAAAACCGAGUUGUGAAUUUUCAAGUGCCAGUAAGGACCAGGAGUGCAGAGAUACGGAGGAGGGGAGGCCCAGGAGCCGGGGAACACAUUUCAGACCAGUGCCUCUCCCCUGUAGAGAGAGCCCCACCGGGGAAGCUUUUAACAAGUGCAAUGCGUUUAGAAGCACCUUCCACUUAAAGCCCACCCGUUCUGAACAGCACAGACUUUCUCCUGAAGCAAAGUUCCGAGCCUGUGACACGCUGAAGACAAGCCCACCAAGAACGUCCGUUGUCAGGAAUGAGGGCGCCAGUGGCGGGAGGAAGCUUCUGAACUCUAAUGAAGCUGCAGCGGCCUUCAACCGGGGCACAUCGCUUAGCCUUCGCCAGACUUUGUGUAAUCGAGAGAAAGGCUAUGCAUGUAGAGAAUGUGGGAAAGCCUUUGGCAAACGGUCAGUCCUGAAUCGCCACUGGAGAAUUCAUACAGGGGAGAAACCCUAUGAGUGUCACAAAUGUGGGAAGACUUUUAGCCACGGCUCAUCCCUUACUCGACAUCAGAUAAGCCACAGCGGAGAGAAACCUUACAGAUGCGCUGAAUGUGGGAAGGCCUUCAGUCACGUCUCAUCGCUUACGAAUCAUCAGAGCACUCACACUGGAGAGAAGCCGUAUGAAUGUACGCGCUGCGGGAAGUCUUUCAGUCGUGUCUCACAUCUCAUUGAACACCUGAGGAUUCACACUCAAGAAAAACUCUAUGAGUGUCCAGUGUGUGGGAAGGCCUUCAUUCAUAGGUCAUCUCUCAUUCACCACCAAAAAAUCCAUACUGGAGAGAAACCGUAUGAAUGCAGCGACUGUGGGAAAGCCUUUUGCUGUAGCUCCCACCUUACUCGACAUCAGAGGAUUCAUACCAUCGAGAAGCAAUGUGAAUGCAACCAGUGUCUGCAGACCUUCAGUAGCCUCCCGCUUCUCAUUCAGCAUCAGAGUCUGCACACGGACGAAAGACCCUUUGAGUGUCAGAAAUGCAGGAAGUCCUUCAGCCAGCCCGGAUCACUGGAUAUGCAUUUGAGAAAUCACAUCAGACUGACACCUUACGAAUGCAGUGUUUGCGGGAAGGCCUUCAGUCACAGAUCGUCCCUUCUUCAGCAUCACAGAAUCCACACUGGAGAGAAACCUUACGAAUGUAUUAAGUGUGGGAAGGCCUUCAGCUGUAGCUCCAACCUUACUGUGCAUCAGAGAACUCACACUGGAGAGAAACCAUAUCAGUGUAGUGAAUGCGGAAAAGCUUUCAGCAAAGGCUCCAAUCUCACCGCCCAUCAAAGAAUCCAUAACUGCGAUAAAGCAGUGAGUGUGGGAAAGUCGUCGGACCAUUUGAAUGACUAUGCAUGUGAGAGACCAGGUGCGAGUGAAAGCAGGAAUCAAAUAAACCUCAGCCGUAGAUCCUAAGUCAGCAAAAGCCAAACUUCUGCCGGAGAGAAGCUCUAUGAAUGCAGAAAACUAGAAGUCCAAGUCCUUUAGUUUAAGCGCAUUCCUCAUUGUACAUUAAAGAGCUCCCGCAGUGUGAGACAUGUUGCCAGGUGUCCACUAAGCUAUCUUGCUAGACAUCAGAUUAACGGUAAGGCAACCUGCAGGGUUAGGCAUUAUGUCUAAAUCUUGUUUGGCAGCAGCACUGUAAACAGAAUCCUACAGGAGAGCAAGCAAGUUUAUUAUAAAUAAAUAUACAUUUCUCAGAGCAGUAACAUAGUUUUGCUCUAUGCUCUAUAGAAAAAAAUUUUUUAAAGAUUUAUUUAUUUAUUUGCAAGUAAAAGUUACACAGAGAGAGAAGAGGCAGAGGAGAGAGAGAGGUCUUCUAUCUGCUGGUUUGCUCCUCAAAUGGCUGCAACAGCCGGAGCUGGGCUGAUCUGAAGCCAGGAGCCAGGAGCUUCCUCCGGGUCUCCCACGUGGAUGCAGGGCCCCAAGGACUUGGGCCAUCUUCUACUGAUUUCUCAGGUCACAGCAGAGAGCUGGACCGGAAGUGGAGCAGCUGGGACUCCAACCAGUGCCCACAUGGGAUGCCGGCACUGCAGACAGCAGCUUUACCUGCUACGCCACAGUGCCGGGCCCUACAAAUUAUUUUUAACCAAUUGUUAUGUGCAAAUAUCUAGCCAUCUAGUGGUUCCAGUAAAUUGUACACUGUUGAAAAUUAAAGCUGUCAAAGAAGUAAAAAUAGUAUUAAUAAAAUUUUUGGUCUCUAAUAAAAAUUAUUUUGUAUAUAA